CACCGUACCGAAGUACAAGUACCCGGUACUGGUAGUGAAGAUGGGACCGAACGGAGCGCUUUUCCCGGAAACUCUUUUACAUUUAGCAAGAUCAUUAGCCCAAAUCCAAGACCUAAGAUGGCCAAAGGUGCAGCAACUGUUACAGAUGUGUCCCCAGAUACCACAUAUGGGAGGAAUAUGCAGGAUAGACCAGCGCAGACAAGAUGCCAUGGUAGCACUUGGAAUCUUUCUUUUAGAAUCAGAUCUCAAGUUCAAAGAUGAGUUAGUACCAUAUAUUAUUAAUCUCGUGAGAUGCCUACCAAAUGCACAAUGGAUUGAAGAAACAGGAUACAGAGUUAUUGAAGUACUACCCAUGAGUGAGCGCUUUGCUUUCACCAUCACAACUCUCCUUUCUGAUAUAGCGACCAAAGAUACACUCUAUAGAGAUCAGAUUUUGUCAACAUUAGUUGAAGUUCUACAGGCACUAUGCAGAAUCUGCCAACAGCCAUCUGAACAUCCUCAAGUAACAGUAUGCAAGCACAUCAUGCCUGCCUUUCUGGGGAUGUCUCGUGCCAUCGGACGCAGCAGCCAGGACCCUUCCUGCUCUCUCCUCUGUCAGAUGUAUCCUGCAUCCAAGCUUACUACUUCUCAAACCCCUCCCUCUUCAUCUGGUUUGGAUGCAGUCUCUCAACCAAGGCACCAUGAAUCACCCAUGUACAGUUCCUUCCGACUCAUCGUCUCACCAGUCAUCAAACAGAAACUCCAGCAGGCCAAUGGAACCCGACAGGAUGCAUCUCAUCCUGGAAUAGACUCGCAGGAGGAGAGGGUGGCAGAAGAACCUCACCAUCUCCUGACGGUAGUGGGAUCAAGUUUUGGUAUCAGUACAGAGACGUGUGAGAGUGGAAGCUCUGAAGCUCAUGUUGGAUCCCUAGAUCUUUCUACUCAACAGCUACAGAUUAUCUUGAAUGUGUGUCAAAAGAUGAUCAGUAGAAGUCUGUUACAGAGCCUUGAUGGGAUUGCUCAUCAGUAUGCACUUCAACCAGGAUCAAAGAAGACUCUUCCAUAUAAAUCAUAUAGUGAAGUUAUCAAUGUUGUUCUUGUCUCUUUACUCAGGCAUCUACUUCAACAACAUAAAGGAUUACCAGAUAGCUUUCAAGUAGAGGUCCAUGCAUUCGUCCGAGAACUCUUCCUCUCCGGUCAGACUGAGCUUCAGGAACUGAGUGUUGAGAGUGCUACUAAGGGUCCAUGCAGGUUCAAUUCUCGAGAGUUAGCACUCAGGGCUAAUGCCACAUGUGUUGACCUCCUUGUGUGGGCAGCUAAUGAUGAAACAGGAGCUGAUAGUCUUAUUGGAAGGCUGACUGAGAAAUUACAUUCUAGUGCUGGCAGCAAACAACUCAUAGCUGAUAUGCCUCUACUUCUAUGCUCUCUUCAGGGUUUGGGCACUUUGGCAGAGAAGUUUCCAGCGGUUGCUCAUGCCACCAUCAGCUCACUGAGAGACUUUCUAAUGGGGCCAUCUCGGAUCAUAGUCAAACUCCAUAAACAUCAUGAAGCUGAGAGUAGUAAGAGUGCUGGGCCAACCAUCAGGGUUAUAGAAUCCAGCCUUCAGAGGACGGGGGUUGGAAAGGAUGGACGCGGUACGAGUAGUGGUCCUAGUAGUAGUGGUGGUGGACGUAGGACCAGUGGGGAAGGAUCACAUCCAUAUGAAAAACUAAGAAAUGCAGCCAUGUCUAACUUGUGCAGAUCACUUCGUUCAGGACUUAUUGAAGACCCUAAUUGCAUCCAAGCUUUCCUUGCUUCUGUAUCAAACGCCCUCUACAUUGCUGAAGCUAGUGAUCGUGACUCCACCCUCAUUUCCUCCAACGCCAUAUUAGCAAUGGGUCAUGUGGCUGUUCUUCUAAGUGAAACAACCCGUACCAUUGAGAGUGUACAGCAGAUCUUCCAGCAACGGUUCUGCACACCCCCUUCUUCCCUAGAUGUGCUCAUUGUUGAUAUGCUUGGCUGCCUGGUACUCGCUGGAAAUGCUGCUGUCACUCAAGAGGUAAUGAAUAUGUUUAUUCAGAUCAGUGUUGAAGCAGGGUCAUCUGAUUAUGCACCGAACAGUUCACAAGCUUCACAGAGGUUCAGGCAUUGUUCUAUGGCUAUUAUCAAUGCCCUAGCAAACAUAGCAGCAUUCAUUGAUGGAGACAAUGAACAGCAGGAACUAUUAGUUCGUCUACUUGAAUUAUUUGUUCAGCUUGGACUGGAGGGCAAGCGGGCAAGUGAGAGAGCUCCUACUGCUAUCAAGGCAUCUAGCAGUGCUGGCAACUUAGGCAUCCUUAUUCCUGUCUUAGCUACUUUGAUCAAAAGACUGCCACCCAUCCAGGACCCCAAACCUCGUCUUCACAAGUUCUUCCGUGAUUUCUGGCUUUACUGUGUGGUCAUGGGGUUUGCAGUAGAGGAUUCUGGUCUGUGGCCAAAGGAGUGGUAUGAAGGAGUCUGUCACAUCGCUGCCAAAUCUCCCCUUCUUACAUCUAGUCCCGGGGAACAUCUGCGAUCAGAACUCCAAUACAACUCUGCUCUUAGGAAUGAUAGCAUGACAUAUAAUGACCUGAACGAACUCCGUCAGAAUAUCUUGAGUCUCAUGGAGCACUCUCCUGAGGUCACAGUCAUUGUCAACAAGCUCAAUUUUGCCCAAUGUACCUACCUGUUAUCGGUUCAUCGGCUUGAGACCCUGCGUGUCAGCAAUGCCAUACCAACCAGCUUUGCAGCAGUCUUUACUUACCUGGAAGACAAGGCUAUCAUCAAGGAUAAAGCUGGCAUGUGGCAGUGUCUCUUAGCUUCCUUUGAUAAGGUCUUUGACAUGUUCUUGGAUAUCAAGGCCAAAAUGCCCCGUACUGAGGAGAGGGAGAAGGAGUUAGUCCAUCAUGCUCAGUUCCUGUUAGUCAAGUUCAACCAUGUCCUCAAACAGAUCAGAAAGGUUGCUGAUAAAUACCUUUCAAGACUUGUUGACAGGUUUCCUCAGUUACUAUGGAAUGGUGAUGUUCUAUGGAGUAUGCUUGAUCUCCUUCAGCUCUUAUCAAAGGCAGCUGCAGAGGAUAGUCUCCAGGAAGUCAGAGAGUAUCCUGUCUUUGAAGGCAGGUUCAUGCUGACUGUUAUGGACACCAAGGAAUCAAGAGAGGGCAUAAUCCGUGACUUUGCUGCCCGUUGCGGCGGUAUCUUCCAAGAGGCUAUGAAGUGGGCAGCCUCUGCGACACGCUCCCACAUCCAACAAUACAUCAUUCAUUUAGAGAACUCCUCAGACAGUCUCUCACAGAGAAGCACCUUGGAGCUUGCAACAGAGAGUGCUCUCCAGUGUGCAGGGUUUAACAAAGGACUCACUGCAUUAGGUUCUGAAAGCUUAACAAGUGAGUCAGCCAACUUUGUAUCAGUAAUGAGUCUUAGAAGCAGGUUUGCUGGAGAGGUAUCAGGGAUGCAAGCCAUCUAUACUGAUGCAGGACCUGGAGGAUUGAGUUUAUCUCAUGUACUGAAUGGACAGCUUAAUAAGGCAUGUGAUUCUAAGAAAGAAGAUGCCUUCACUAAUGCUAUGUUCAGGGUCUGUGCUCUACUCAUCUCAAGUGAAGGUGUGGAUAAAUACUUGCUCUACAACCUGUGUCGGGCACCAGUCAAACUCUUUACAACACUUGCUAUGGAGAAGGCUGUGGCAUGCUGGGAAUGGCUGUUAGCUGCAAGACCAGACAUGGAACUCCAGUUAAUGCGUGAAAUGGCUGGAGCAUGGCAAAUGAGUAUGGACAAGAGACUUGGUUUGUUCUCUAUUGAUAUUGAAGAGCCUAGUCCUUUGGCAGCCAUUAGUGGUGAUGAUAUCCCGGAACCUAACCCACCUAAUGCUACACCACAUCAUAUCUGGACUCAGUUCCUACACCAGCGUCUAGAGAGCAUCAAAUAUAGCAGCAUCAACGUUGUUGAGAUCUUCAUUUCCAUCCUGCACCGCUCCUUACCAAUGCAGGUUGGACAGACAAAGGGCUCCCUCUCAAGACACAUUGCAGCCAUGGGACCUCGUUUCAGAUUACUGUGUAUGGGUCUCUCUCUUCUUCAGGGUGACAUCCUACCCAGCAGUACGGGUAAGAAUGUCCUGAGAGAGAGGAUAUACUCUGCUGCUUUUGACUUCUUCAGUGUUGCACCUGUCUGUCCUACCCAGUCUGUGAGUGAGCUAAGAGAAGAUAUCAGUAUUCUAAUCAAGUUCUUCCAUGCCAUGAUAGCAGAGAAAAAAUACCUUAGAGCUACCACAGCUGUAGUACAAGAGACAGAGGAAGUACACACACUAGGUAUCAUCCCAGCGGACCUGCGAGCCAGCAAUGAGUACUUGAACACCAGGUCAGCAGUAGUGCGCCCUCAAGGUUGGAUGAACACCAUGCCAUUAUCUAGUAACAUGUCAGUGGUAUCUAAAAGGUCGUCAGUCACAAGAAAGAGUGGUGAGGUUGGAGCCAAGUAUGCCAAGGAGUAUAUGAAGAGAAGGAAUCUAAUCCUUGCACUGCUGGUGAAUGAGAUAGAGAGACUGUGUUGCUGGUGCAAUCCAUUAGAUAACCCUGAAGUCAAGCUACCAGGAGAAGAGCUGGUUGCUAACUGGAGGGUACAGACACCAACAAAUGAACGAACCUGGAGGGACUUUGCUCACCUUGCCUGGGAGGUCUCCCCUCAUCUAGCUUGUCAGCUUCCCGUCAGGUUCAAGGCAUCAGAGAGCCUUGUCAAGGAGGUGACACGAUCGGUUCGUCUCAAUCCUAUGGCUGUAUCUGACCUCCCCAGUGCCAUUCACUUCCUGGUCACUGAACACAGUGUGGAUUCAGAUGUUGCAGAGUUGAGUCACAUCUUAUGCUGGGCACCUGUUCCACCAGUCACUGCUCUGUCAUACUUCUCCCAGCAGUAUCCCCCACACCCUCUGACAGCUCAGUAUGCUACCAGGGUCCUACAAGAUUAUCCACCAGAGGCAUUGCUCUUCUAUGUCCCUCAGCUGGUUCAGGCUGUCAGAUAUGAUACGUUUGGCUUUGUGACGGAGCUGAUCUUGGUCCUAGCAAAGAAGUCCCAACUCCUGGCCCAUCAGCUGAUCUGGAAUAUGAAGACAAACAUCUUCAAAGAUGAGGAGGGAAAAGAAAGAGAUGGUGAGUUUGCCGAUGCCCUGGAAUCUCUUAUUGAAGGUAUCAUAGCCAGCUUAUCAGGACCAGCCAAAGACUUCUAUGAAAGAGAGUUUGAUUUCUUUGGCAAGAUAACGGCCAUUUCAGGCGAGAUCAGGCCAUACCCAAAAGGUGAUGAGAGAAAAGCAGCCUGUUUGAAAGCCCUAGCAACCAUUCAACUACAACCUGGGUGUUACCUGCCUAGUAACCCUGAAGCUGUUGUCAUGGAAAUUGACUACAAGUCUGGCACUCCCAUGCAGAGUGCUGCCAAGGCUCCAUUCCUUGCCAGGUUCAAAGUUCAAAAGUGUGGUGUUCAUGAACUGGAAAACCUUGGUCUGAAAGGUCUUGAUUCAGGUGCCAUGUCUCGCUCACUCAAAGCACAGAUGUGGGAGGCUUGCAUCUUUAAGGUCGGAGAUGACGUCAGACAGGACAUGCUAGCGCUGCAAGUUAUUGGCCUGUUCAAGAAUAUCUUUCAUCAAGUGGGACUAGACCUGUACCUUGUCCCAUACAAAGUGGUUGCUACUUCACCCGGGUGUGGAGUGAUCCAGUGUGUCCCAGACUGUAAAUCUCGUGAUCAGCUUGGUCGACAGACUGAUAUCGGGAUGUACGAGUAUUUUCUAACCAAGUAUGGAGAUGAGACUACUCCAGCAUUCCAGAAGGCUAGACGUCAUUUCAUCCAAAGUAUGGCAGCAUACAGUGUAGUUGGUUUCCUCCUUCAAAUUAAAGACAGACAUAAUGGGAAUAUAAUGCUGGAUACUAGAGGAAACAUCAUACAUAUUGAUUUUGGUUUUAUGUUUGAGAGCUCACCUGGAGGUAACCUUGGCUGGGAGCCAGAUAUUAAACUCACUGAUGAAAUGCUCAUGAUCAUGGGAGGCAAUGUGAAUGCAGCUCCAUUCAAGAAGUUUGAAGAACUGUGUGUACAGGCCUACUUAGCUGUCAGACCUUACCAAGAAGCCAUUGUUUCUCUAGUGGCUCUGAUGCUGGAUACUGGAUUACCUUGCUUCAAGGGAAAAACACUUAAAUUACUCAGGACUCGUUUCAGUCCCAACCAGACAGAGAGAGAAGCUGCUAUCUACAUGGUAGGCAUCAUUGAAAAGUGUUGCCAGAAUGUCAGGACCAGAACAUAUGACAUGAUCCAAUACAUCCAGAAUGAGAUUCCUUAUUAGAGAAGUUGGUAGGAUACAAGAUAACAAGUGCAAUAGAUGUAUGUAUAAUCUCUAAUCUCUUGAGUGUUAUCUGUCAUCAAGAGGCUCCAUACAACAAUGCACAUUUAUUCCAUACAUGAUAGUGACACAUUCACACAGAGGUGAAUGGGCUAUAAAGUCUUAUUCUUUAGAACAGAUAAAAUACUUGCUUGUGGGGUGCUCCAAAGUCCACAUUCAAAUAAAAAUUUAUGUAUAAACAAAUUUCAUGAGGAAUAUGGGCAAAAUUUGUUUAUUGUACAAGCAAUUAUUUGGCAUUGUUGAUAAGUCGAUAAACAUUGUGUUCUUAUAGUAUUCACUUAUAAUUGAACUUGCUUAAUUUUGCUUGUGUUAGAUAGCAUAUGUGAUUAAGCCCACAUAGAUUUAUAAUCUUUUAUUAAUAACUUAUUUAUUGAAAUAUGUUUUUUACAAGUGAAUGCAUAUCUACCCAUAUGAAUUCAAUUUUAAUUCUUUAAAAAGUGUAGACUCUCCUUGUAACAUGAGAUAUAUUUAUUACAAAAUACAAAACUUUAUUUAAAGUUUAACAAAAUAUAAAAGGAUUUUACUGUUGGCUAUUGUAGAAAAAAAGAAUAACAAUGUGUAACUAGGUGCUUGUGUAAAUAUUUUCCAUUCCUGCACAUCAUUCUUUUCACAUUAUUAUUUGAAUAUAAUGUUAUAUAACGUUCCAACAUCUUCAUAUUGUAUAUCUAAUCUACUUAACAUAUAGGCAUUGUAUGUUUCAUUUACUGUACAAAAGUGGUAAUUAGGUACAACAUGGAAGUAUUAAGGCAUAACAAAGGAGUUAAUGUAUUAUAUUUGAUUAGAUCAACUUGCAUUUAUUUCAUAUAAAACUGAAUGACACCUCAAUUCCUGUCUGCCCCCAUUUCACGUUUGAUAUAGUUACAACCUUUCUGAACCAAAAUGCAUUCAUUCCAAACAUUUAGGAGCUCAAAUUCAAAUGCUAAGAGGUGGUAUUAUUAUAAACAUGACUGCUGACUACCUAUUUAACCCUAUAGCACCUACAGAUUCCUAUGCAUAAUGGCAAUUACUCACUGGAGGAAACAAUAAAACUGGUAAUAAGUAGGCAUUGUUCCAGACAAAUUGAAAUAGUUUUUUAUAAAUUUACUUUUGUUCAUUACAAGUUAUAUUUAUUUUGUAGCAUAGGACCUGUUGAAUAGAAUGGUACAUGGCAAAGUUCAAUCAGAUGUACGAAUAUUGACCUUUGACAAUCGUUUGCAGAGCGAGAAGAAAAAAAACAAAAGUUCGGGUUUCAGCCGCCCCAGUCCCACGCCUUCAGAAAAAUGUAAAGUAUCACUGACAGAAUACUAAAGUUUUCGCCAAAUCUUGGAUCAAAUAUGUCAAAAAUUAAUUCCAACUCACAUCUAGAUGUCACUCUGUGUGAUAUCCAACGUUUUGAUGAACAUAUAGCAACGCCCGAGCUUCUUCGGCGAAGUAAGUGGUUUUCCGAGACAUGGACGCAGCCAUCUUUGCUGAGAUCGACUGCGCAACAGUCUGGAACUUGCUACACACCGAUGCAUGUCAAUCGGUUUUUGUCUCACCUGCAUAGCAGAGUGAGACUAUAGGCGCCGCUUUUCCGACGGCGACGGCGGCGUCAACACCAAAUCUUAACCUGAGGUUAAGUUUUUGAAAUGACAGCAUAACUUAGAAAGUAUAUGGACCUAGUUCAUGAAACUUGGCCAUAAGGUUAAUCAAGUAUUACUGAACAUCCUGCCUGAGUUUCAUGUCACAUGACCAAGGUCAAAGGUCAUUUAGGGUCAAUGAACUUAGACCAUGUUGGGGGAAUCAAUAUCAAAAUCUUAAACUAAGGUUAAGUUUUUGAAAUGUCAUCAUAACUUAGAAAAUAUAUGGACCUAGUUCAUGAAACUUAUACAUAAGGUUAAUCAAGUAUCACUGAACAUCCUGCAUGAGUUUCACAUCACAUGACCAAGGUCAAAGGUCAUUUAGGGUCAAUGAACUUUGGCCGAAUUGGGGGUAUCUGUUGAAUUACAGCCAUAAAUUUGAAAGUGUGUUGGUCUAGUUUAUAAAACUUGGACAUAAUAGUAAUCAAGUAUCACUGAACAUCCUGUGCGAGUUUCAGGUCACAUGAUCAAGGUCAAAGGUCAUGUAAGGUCAAAGAACUUUGGCCACGUUGGGGGUAUUUGUUGAAUUGCCAUCAUAUCUCUAUAAGUGUAUUGGUCUAGUUCAUAAAACGUGGAAAUAAGAGUAACCAAGUAUCACUGAACAUCUUGUGCGAGUUAUAGUAGUUUUCAAAAUCAGCACUGCUGCUAUAUUGAAUCGCGUGAUGCAGGUGAGACGGCCAGAGGCAUUCCACUUGUUCUAUAUUAUACUCAAUAGGAGCAUACACUUUUCUAUGCAGAUCUAUAUAGCAGCCAACCUAUACGGUAUGCACACGCAAUAUUACCACGGUAAAUCAUAGACAAGAGAUACUAUAGCGCAAAGAAAACGUACGGGCGGUUAAGGGCGGUUCAGUGUGUAAUAGGAAGGGCGGUCUCGGGCGGUUCAGGUGCUAUAGGGUUAAGGGAUGGUCCUGAUUUAUUGGUGAAAGAGAAAGCCAUUUUCAGUCACUCACCUAUUUUUGUGAAAAUUUGUCUGUACCUAUGUAUAGGAAACUUCAAUAUCCUUUUUUGCAGCUCCUAUCUCUCACACUUUCGGGUACAGGGUUGGUAGAUAAUUAUGUAGAAAUAGUACACUUUAGAGGGGAAAUUCACCCUGAAGAAAAGUUUGGUGUAAAAAUAUUGGUGAAGAUUGAGGAAAAUCCAUUAAAUAUGAAGAAAGUUAUCAGAAUUUUAAGUUUUGAAUUUGUGAUGUCAUAAACGAGCAGCUGCCCCAUAUGUUAUGUAAUUUAAAAUGCAUAAAUUUCAUUUUUUUAAUGGUUUGUAAUAAUUUAUUUUUGUUUUCGUAUUAGGAACGGGUGUGAAAUCAUUUGUCUAUUGAUAAACUGAAGGUACAAUAAAAACCAUUUUCAAUUUUCUGAGAAAAUGACAAUUCAUAGAUUUUUUACUAUUCGAUAUGUAGGAAAGCUGCUCGCAUAUGACACCACAAAUCAAAUAAUUGAAAUUUUAAUAACUAUUUUAUAUUUUUAUGAAUUUCUCUCAAACAUUUGUCAAUAUUUUCAAUUAUUUUUCUGCUAUUUUUACAAUCAAAUUUUUGUCAGGGUGAACUUCCCCUUUAACAGAACAAGCACAAAGUGCAACAUGGCUCUUUUGUUAUCAUCAAGUUAAUGCCUGGUACUUUAUGUUAAAAUUGUAUAAUUUUCAUUUGUACAUUACAACACAGUUAUCAUCAAGGCAUAGAUGGAAUAAUGCUCAUGUACAUACAUUCCAAGUUUUUUAGAUGCAACCUCUGAAGUUUUAAUUCACUCCUUCCAGCGAAGUAAGCAUAACAUAUAAUCUUGUAAUGCCAAAGGGAUUAGGGGAUACCUACAUUUUUCAACAAUCUGCUUAAAGGCAGUAUAAUGAUAACUCAUUCUUUUAUUUCAUAAAUUAACAAUGUUUUUAUGGUAAGGAAACUGUUAAAAUUUGCUAUUUCUUCUCUGAUAAUGUUUACAUGACGAUGGAAUUCUCGUAAAGUUGAUAGGAUAAAUCUGCUUUUUAGGUAUCUAUCAAUCAAUAUAUAUGCUUCCAUAGGGUUUUGUAAGAAGAGUGCAAAUUUUGCUAAUUAUCUUUUUCACCUUUAGCAAUAGGAAUUGAAUUAGAAAUUUGAAUGUAUAGGUCAAAAGAGAAAUUCUGCUCUGUGUCACAAUAAUUGUCAUGCCUUUAGAAAAGUUAUGAAGUAGGAACGUAUGCACUAUCAUUUGAAAGGGUAAUAUAUUAACUGUUCUUAUAAGUCUACAUGAAGUAUUUGAAUAGUAAACAUGGUCUAGGAAACUUUUUUUUUUUUUGCAACCUGUAGAUGUCAAAAGAUUCGAUCAAUUCUUAGAGUAUAAACAUUAUGUUAAACCUACGCAGCAUACUUUGCUUUUCAUGUAUUUGUAUUUGAAAAUUAUCAAUUCAUACGAUGGUGGGUAGCUUUUGUGUGUGUAUACCAUAAUGAAUAUACAUCAAGCAUAAAGAGGCAUCUAAUGAAUGUAUAUAAGAUGUUUUCCUUUGGAUUCUUAUUAAGAUAAUUUGUUCAAAUGAUUAUAAUUAUGUGAUUGUAUAGACUAAGAAAUAUUUUUGCUGUGGAGUCAUUUUUGUGCAAUUCUAUUGUUCCUUAUUAUUGUAUAAUGUGUGUUAUUAAAAUUCCAUUGUUACCCUUAUUGUUAUUAUAAUUGGUCAAAUAAUGGCAGGAGGGUCCCCCCCCCCCCCCCCCAAUUAUGGCAAAUCACAUAAAUUGCUGUUCCCAGAUAUGCUUUUCAUACAUUUGACAUCAAAUGACCAAAUACAAUGACUUUGCCUGGAAGUGAGAAACAUUUAAUGCUAACCAAGUCUCUGGUUAUUGCUUGAAUACUUGUCAUAUCUUACCAUGUAAGUAUAUACACUGUACACUGUAUAGAUAAUAUUUAUUGAAAUGUGUAUGUUUUUAAGACCAGUAAUAUUUAUGUUUUUGUACAGACAGGUACUGAGAAGCAAAGCAUAUGAUCAUUUAAUCAAAUUUGUCUAAAAAUUAGUGAAAAUAAAAUAUAUUAAAUUCA